AUGAACGCGUCGCGCGCGGACCGGAGGAGGAGCGCGCGCCAGCUGGCUCUGGAGGGCGGCAUCCGGGUCCUACUGUUCGGAGUUUUCGUGUUCACAGAGUUCCUGGAGCCCUUUGAGCGAGUGAUUCAGCCAGAGGAGCUGUGGCUCUACCGGAACCCUCUGGUGGAGUCAGACCACAUCCCCAAGAGGGUCAUGUUCGCCAUUUCCUUCCUCACCCCUCUGGCGGUGAUCUUCGUGGUGAAGAUCAUUCAGCGGACGGACCGGACGGAGCUCAAGGAGGCGUGUUUAGCGGUGUCUCUGGCCCUCGCCCUCAACGGAGUCUUCACCAAUACCAUCAAGUUGAUUGUUGGCAGGCCCCGGCCCGACUACUUCCAGCGCUGCUUCCCAGACGGUCAAGUGAAUGAGAAGAUGCUGUGCACCGGGGAGCCGGAUCUGGUCUCCGAGGGCCGCAAGAGCUUCCCCAGCAGCCACUCCUCCUUCGCGUUCUCCGGCCUCGGCUUCACCUCCUUCUACCUGGCGGGGAAGCUGCAGUGUUUCACGGACGGAGGGCGAGGACGGAGCUGGCGCCUCUGUGCCGCGGUGCUGCCGCUCUACAGCGCCGUCAUGAUCGCUCUGUCCCGGACCUGUGACUACAAACACCACUGGCAAGACGCCUUCGUGGGCGGCGUGGUCGGGCUGCUGUUCGCCUACGUCUGCUACCGCCAGCACUACCCCCCCUUCCUGCACCCGGACUGCCACCUGCCCUACGCCAGCCUGGAGGCCGCCGCCCACUCGCCCUCGCACCCCCAGGACCCCCCGCAGCCCACGGACCACGCCAGCAGCCUCCCGCUGGAGGCCUUGACUGAGGGGCCAGUGUGA